CACUCCAAAUGAAAGAAGAAUUUUACUGUCCAUUUUCCAUAUCUAACUUUUCUAUUAUAAAAAUCCAAUCAUAAAUUCAUUUGUGUGCUUCUUACUUCUGGCUUAGGUGAUGAUCAUAAGCCUCCAAGGAAUGAUUUUGGGCUAGCCCAUCUAACGAAGUCCACAGGUACAAAGACGAAGAAAGAAAAGGUGUUAUUAAAAUUGUUUCUCUGCACCUUGUUAGGGUUUCUGUGUUGAAGCUCUUACUCCGUGGAUGCAAACUUCGCGAUUGAAACAGAGUCCUAGCCAUGGCUGAACGGACAGAGAAGGGUUUUCUGAAGCAACUGAAAGUGUUUCCAAGCUCUAAGAAAGGUGGGAAGGGAAAGAGGUCAGGGAGAGCCGAGAAUUGUUUUCGGAAGUCAAUUGGGCUUGGACUCAAGACUCCCAAAGAUGCCAUUGAAGAAAAAAUGGUCAGGACUAGAGGAAGACACGGUAAACUUGUCCGACGUGAUCAACGUAAGCGUGGGGUUCCCAUAUCUAUGCAUGGUGAUUUAGCAGUAGAGCUUGGAAAUAUCUCUUAUGGUAAUGUGUUAUCCAGGCAUACUGCUAGUAGUGGCCAGCAUCCACCCCAUCUUCCUCAUUCCUCCAUUCCCUCUUCGUCCACCCCCUCUCCGUCCACUCCCUCCUCAUCCACCCCUUCUCCACCAACUUCCUCUUCAAAUACCCCUUCACAACUCACUCCCUCUUCAUCUACCCCCUCUUUCUCUACUGAUCAAAGACAUGUUUUUCAAUCGUCUUUGCGUUCUAUGCCAUUGCCUCAUCAUACAUCUACGUCAGUACUUCAUCACACCACUUAUCCACCACUACAUCCCACUACUUAUCCACCACUACAUCCCAAUUUUCCCCAAACAGUACCGCCAGUACUGCCCUCUUCUGCCCCGAAAGUCCACGACACUCGUCGUACCAUAGUCCAAUCCUUUUCUCCUACAGUCCACUUCCCCUUUCAUCCCUUAGUCCAAGUUCCCUCUACUCCCUUAGGCCAAACCUCCUUUGCUCUCCCAGUCGAGCCCCCCCAUGAUGAUGUAGUCCAGCACACCCCAGCUACUUCAAACCACCAUGUCCUUCCUGAGGAGGUGCCUCGUGAUGCUAGUGGGAGGGUUAUCAUAAGACCCGUGGGUAAAGGUUGGACACCUAACCGUUAUGCAGUUGAGGCCAUUGGUCAUGCAAUUAGGUCACAAUUCGGAGGUCCCUACCACCAUUAUGAGGCUAUGCCUGAGGACGCCCAACUUAAAUGGUGGACUAAAUUUAAGGCUAGAGUGACUUGGGCCCCUCAAGAUGAGUGGCAAAUUAGAAAAGUCUAUGAGUCAAAAGUUAGAAAACGCCUCUCUGAUAUGUUGACUAAAGCAAGGGUGAGAGGGAACAAACCUAGCUGGAUUGGAGAACAAGCAUGGAGUGCACUUUUGAACUAUUGGGAUUCUGAGAAGUUCAAAGAAAGAUCAUCCCGAAACAAAAUCAAUCGGUCUUCAGCUAGAGGUGGAGCGUUGCACUCGACGGGUCGAAAAUCACACUUGGACAUAGCAUUGGCUCUAGAACGUAAAUAUGGUCGACCUGUAGAGCCGGAUGAAUUAUUUCUAGCUACUCACACCAAGAAGAAUGGGGGUUGGGUAGAUGGUCGUGCCCGGGAGACUUAUGAAACCUACCAUGAGCGGUUGAGGGUCAUCCAAGCAGAAAGUUUUGAAAGAUCAACAUCCGACCCCAAACAAAUAAGUGCAGUAAUAAAGAUUCAAUGUUGGAAGGAUGUUGCUGGAGGCAAGAGUAAAGGUAGAGUUUAUGGUACAGCAGAUUUGGCUGCCAACAUUCGUCACGGAGUCUCAUCCCUCACUCAGCCAUCCUUGUUAGCUGCUGCCACCAAUCACAUUGACCUCUCUGCUACCGAUCACAUUGACUAUUCUGCUGAGAAUGAACAACUUCGUCGACAAGUCACACAAGCAAACAUAACUGCUCGUGAAGCAAUGGAAAAGUGUGCAAAGUUGGAGGACACUAUGCAGUUGCUUAAACAACAAAUGGCGAUGAUGAUGGAACGACGGGUUGAAGACAUGUCAACAAGUAUAACUUAGGUUCACACUCACUAUGGCGUGAUGAUCAACCACUUGAGUUCAUCUGCACCGUACUUCAACUCAUCAUCCGCUAUGAUUUUGUACUCACCUGGACCUAUCUUUCAAAUGGAACAAAUUUGUGUUUCUAAUUUCAUGUAAUAUCUGGAUUUGGAUUUAGAAUCAAAUUAUAAUUCCAGGUUUGAUGUAUAUGUGAAAUUGGAAUUGAAAUUGCACAUUGGAAUUGGAUUACUAUGGUAACUUGUUGUAUAUACUGUAAUUGGUUUUAAUUACAAUUCUAUUUGGAUCUAGAA